UGAUUCGACAAUUCAUUCGGCAACGAUCCACUUACCUUACUAACCAUUCCUAUAUAGCCAUCAAAAGCCCCCGCAAAGCUAUCAUGAUACUUUUUAAUUAAUUAAUUCACUUUGUUUAUUUAUAAUCUUUAAUAGUUUAUUUGUCAACUUGAUGCACUUUGAUAAUACACACAUUAUUUUUCAUAAAUGCAAUUUAUUUAUGUAACUCUAUUUAUUAUGAACCCGUUAUUCAAGAGAUCUAAUUGAAAUACUAUUUAAAUUUUAAAUUCUUUGAAAUUAUGCGAAAAAUUACCGAAGUUCAUUCAACCGUCUUCCAGAGAUUUUUUUGAAAUGUAUUUAUACAAUACAACUUAUCAGGAUAUGUCAUGCUGUCCUGGUAAUAUUUAAAUAUGCCUGCGAGGAUUACUGAUGAUUGGUCAGCAGAGUCAUUUUAAACCACCUCUCUUCAGUCGAAAGAAUGUUAUCUCACAUCUUAUCCUAGAGAGAAACUUGAGUUCUCAUUUUCAAAAACGCAAUACUCAGUUGUCUUCAGUCAUACAGUUAAGCUCUACUAUUUUUGCCAUGUUUACGAAUGCACUUAGAUCCUUGGUUCAUUCAAAAAAGAAUUCCAAGUCAAUCCGAAAAAAGUUUCAUUGCAAUAAAAGUCAACGAUUUUAUAGUGCGAAUUUAGUGGAAAAUACUUCAGUAAUUCCGGAGUGUCCGAAACCUUCAUUUUUACAAUCAUUUAUUUCAUUAAUUAAUUAUGAUCAGGCUAAAUAUUUACAUGAAACAGUAGACAAAAAACAUCAGUUGCUAGGACCUAUUUAUAAAGAUCAAAUUGGUCCAGUAUCAGCUUUUUUUGUUAAUUCAUCAGAAGCUUACCAAAAAAUUUUUAGAUCGGAAGGAAAUUGUCCAAAACAUUUUCUUCCCGAAGCUUGGCUAUUAUACAACGAAUUGCGUCAAUGUUCUCGUGGAUUAUUAUUCAUGGAUGGUGAAGAAUGGCAACACUUUAGGAGGAUCAUGAAUAAGCUUCUACUUUUUCCAUGUAAUGCAAAGGAAAUAAUGACAUACUCUUGCCAAAAUGCUGCUCUAUGUUUAGCCGAAGAGUGGGAAAAAUAUGACCAAAGCAUACCAAUGCCGAAAUUAGAAACGCAAUUAUACAAAUGGUCCAUUGAAGUAAUGAUGGCAACACUAAUGGGAUCUAGUUGGGUUCACUUUAAAGAUAAAAUCAUUAACGACGAAACUGACAGACUUGCACAGAACCUUCAUAAAAUUUUUUUACUCACUGCCAAGUUUUCAUUGCUUCCGGUCAAGUAUGUGAUGAAAUUAAAUCUACCGAUGUGGAGGAGGUUUGUUAAUAUAGUUGACGAGUCGUUGGGGACAGUGCAAAUCUUAGUACCGAAAAUGGCAAAGUAUCAAGGAGACGGAUUAUUAAAUAUGAUGAAGAACGAGGGCAUUGACCUAAGAGACCUGAGUAGAAUAGUAGCUGAUUUGAUAAUCGCAGCUGGAGAUACGACAGCGUAUUCUAUUCAAUGGGUUUUGUAUUUGUUAGCAACUCAUCCGGAUAUUCAAGAUAAAAUUGCGUCAGCUGCUAUUUCAAUGACGGCUGAAGAAAUAAUGAAAGAUCAAUACCUUAAGGGAGUAAUUAAAGAAUCGUUAAGAUUAUAUCCAACUGCGCCGUUUAUUACUAGAAUAUUACCUAAAGAGUGUUCGGUAACUGGCUAUGUUAUUCCUCAAAAUGAAUUGAUUGUCAUGUCACUUUAUUCGAGUGGUAGAAAUGCAAAUAAUUUUCCUCGACCAAAUGAAUUUCUACCAGAACGAUGGAUCAGAAAUGAACAAGGAGUUUAUCAAGGAGUGAUUAAUGCUUAUGGAAGUAUUCCUUUUGCGUUAGGUGCGAGAAGCUGUAUAGGAAAAAAAUUAGCGGAAAUGCAAAUGAUUUUUACAAUUUGCGAGCUCAUGAAAAAAUUUCAUAUUGAAUGUUUAAAUAAAGAAAAAAUAAAAAUGAUAUUACAUUUGAUAUCAGUGCCUUCUGAAGCAAUUCAACUUAAAUUUACAAAAAGAAAAGAUAACAAUAAUAAUUAAUGACUGAUUG